UCGGAGCGUGCCUCGUUGCUGCACCUUCCGCUGUAGAAGGCACCUGGGGGGUCAGCCCUCCAGCCAUCAAACAGUUUUUGGUGCAAACUAGCGAACACCACAUGCAUUAUUCGUGCAAAUUAAAUUUUUGUAAAGUUGUGCCUCUAGUAACCUUUUAGUGAACUAUUGCAAAUUUGAGAAAAUUGGCAAUAGAUUCACUUCGCAGGAACAACGCAGGAGCAAGCAAGAAAGCAAAACAGUGCUACUCCAAGGACAGCAGCAUCUCCUCCAAGGCCCACUACCUUCCCUUGCCAGAGCCUACACCACCAUGCCUGGCCAGUUCAGAACCCCCAGUGACCCUCCUGUGUCCAGCCUCCUCUCUUUCCCCUCCUCCUGGAGCCCUGGCCACCUGCACCCCCUACGUUUCCGAGCCCGAACUGAAUCCAUGGACUGGCGGCGCCUCUCUGCCCUGGAUGUGGAUCACGUGGCCAGGGAGAUGGACGUGGUCGUACUGCAGGAGUACAUAUCUGCUGUCACCUUCUGUGAUGUCACAGGUGAGAGGUGUCCCCACUGCCGUAGCCCUGCUGAUCCGGCCCUUGUCAAGCUCCUACGUAUGUCCCAGCUCAGCACAGAGUACCUGCUGCACUGUCAGGACUACCUGAGCUCCCAGGUGUCUGGGCUGGAGGACCGUCUACAGGGGGCCCUCUCUAAGGCAGACAGAGAGGGAGAGGAGAGGGCCAGGCUGGACUCUGAGCUACAGGCCACUAAACAGGAGAGCAAACUCAGGAAGAAGAUGCUAGCCACACAGCAGCUUCUACUGCAGGCUAGCUUCAACAACUACCACAAGUGCCAAUGCUGUGAGAAGUCCUUCGUCAACUAUUCCUACUUACAAGCCCACCUACAGCGCAGGCAUCCAGAGCUGACAGACACAGAGCGGCAGAAGAAGAGGCAGGUGGAACAGAUGGAGGAUGGGAUAGAGGAGCUGAGAGAGAGGCUGAAACUGUCCCAGACUAGACUGGACAUCGAGAGGGAAGCAGAGGCCCUAAGGAAACAGCAGGAGCUGGAAGAUCAGCGAAGGAAAGAGACCUCGGAGCGAGAGAAGAUGGAGAGCUGGAAGGAGGAGGAGAGGAAGAAGUUUAAAGAGGAAAUGAGGGACCUGAAGCAACUGUUCCUGCAGGAGUUCAGAGAUAUGGCCAGCAGGAGCUCCUCCAUCGAGGCUAAACUGCAGGAGCUCCAGACCAGAGAAGAAGUGACUGUUUCUAACCUGGGCUCCUAUCAAGAGGACGAUGAGCUGCAGCUGAGAGAGGAGGCAGCGAAGAGGAUGAUGAAGAAGAAGAUGUCUGAGCAGAAGCGCGAGUGGAACAAACGGUUUAAAGAGGUCCAGAACAGGCACAUGUUGGAGAGAGAUGAGCUGCAGAGUGAGAAUGAUAGGCUGCAGCUGGCCCUGUCUGUAGAACACAGGUCAGACCGACACGGGCUAGAACAACAGGUCACCUCCCUGUCUGCCAGGGUCCAACAGAAAGACCGGCUCAUCAGGUCUCAGGAGGAUAAGAUCAACAGGAUGUCUAGAAGACCAGUGGCAGAUACUGCCAUCAAACAAGCGGUCCAACACUCCACAGAGGAGGAGGAGGAAGAGGAGGAGGAGGAGAAGGAAGAAGAGGAGGAAGAAAGUCUGGAGGACUCUGGUGAGACCAGGAGGAGACUGUUGGAGUCCCUCCGGAGGAACCCCGCCUUGGUGAAGGAGUUCAGAGCCAUACUAGAGGAAACGCUGGAGGAGAGGCUGGAGAAGAUGGGCCUUAGAAAGGGAACCAAGGGUAUAUCCAAGAAGUCCUUUAAGAGCCUGAGCGCGUUGGUAUCUGGUCAGCGACAUCAGAUGUCCAAACAGAAAGCAGACCUCCUGGAGCUCAGAGAGAGCCUGGCCAGAGAGCUGACGCGCAGGGUGCACGCCCUGCAGAGGAGCCAGGGAACCACCGUACCUACUUUACCCAGACAGGCUACCAUACCCAGUACCACGUCUCAGUCCCACAAGAAGAGGAGUCCUAGCCGGGAGAAGAGUCCAAAAAGCAGACAGACACCAGUGAAGGUGAAAGCCUCCUUGAGGCGAGAGAAGGCUCCACAACCUCAACAGACACCAAGCACUCAUAGAAAAAAGAACAGCACCCCUCCCUUCAGUUCUGAGGAUGAGGCAUCAGGAGAAGACUUUCCCUCUGUCACCAGCCCUGGCAGUAGGUCUGGUGUCUCUGUCACCAGCCCUGGCAGUAGGUCUGGCCCCUCUGUGAGGGUGGUGCAGUCUGGAUCCAGCCCAAGGCAGAUGUACCCAAUGUCUGGUUCUACCCAGGGGGAGGACUGGUCUGGGACAGACACAGAGCUCUCAGAAGGGCCUACAAGUCUAACAACUCACCGUGGAGAUCAGACUGUUAAAACGCUGACCAGAAGCUUGGAGAGACAGUUGAGUUCUCCAAUGAACAAGCCAGUAGGAGGAACCAGAGUGGUGGUGCCACCAGCAGCAGCCAAAGUCUUACCCAAACCCAAACCCAGGACAGCGUUAAAAACCCUACAGUUAUCGGAUGAGGAGAGCGACCUAGAACUGUCGUCCAUCGAGGAGCUCCUGUCUCUGCCGGUAGGGGGCCAGUCUCAGUCCCUAGGUGGGCGAGGGAGCACCGAGGUGGGCCUGGGAGGAACCUCAGGAACCAGCGUGUGGAGCUCCUCAACCAGCAGAGCAGGAGGGCUUUAAUGCACUUUUCCUGUUUUUUUUUAUUUUAUUUUGUGCUAUGUAUCCUUUAUUUAUCCAGAUGAGUGCCUUUUUGAGAUGGAAAUCUAUUUUCAAUGGGCCUAUGUGAUAUAUGAAUGACUCUUUUCCAGUUUUAAAACUAUUAACAGAAGAUCCAUUCCAACGUGAUGAGGCGCUGGCGUGUAAUACCAGUUAUAAAACAAUAACAGAAGAUCCAUUACAACUUGAUGAGGAGCUGGCGUGUAAUACCAGUUAUAAAACAAUAACAGAAGAUCCAUUCCAACGUGAUGAGGAGCUGGCGUGUUAUACCAGUUAUAAAACAAUAACAGAAGAUCCAUUCCAUCGUGAUGAGGAGCUGGCGUGUAAUACCAGUUAUAAAACAAUAACAGAAGAUCCAUUCCAACGUGAUGAGGAGCUGGCGUGUAAUACCAGUUAUAAAACAAUAACAGAAGAUCCAUUCCAACGUGAUGAGGAGCUGGCGUGUAAUACCAGUUAUAAAACAAUAACAGAAUAAAUAGCCUUUCAGUUUUAUUCAAUUUUCCAGGAUCAAACUAUACUCAGCAAAAAUAGAAACCCAACAUGUAAAGUGUUGGUCCCAUGUGUCAUGAGCUGAAAUAAAAUAUUCCAGAAAUGUUCCAUACGCACAAAAAGCAUAUUUCUCUAAAAAAGUGUAUUUCUAUCAAAUUUUUGGCACGAAUUUGUUUAUCCCUGUUAGCGAGCAUUUCUCCUUUGCCAAGAUAAUCUAUCCACCUGACAGGUGUGGCAUAUCAAGAAGCUGAUUAAACAGCAUGAUCGUUACACAGGUGCACCUUGUGCUGGGGACAAUAAAAGGCCACUCCUAAAAUGUGCAGUUUUGUCACACAACACAAUGCCACAGAUGUCUCAAGUUUUCAGGGAGCAUGCAAUUGGCAUGCUGACUGCAGGAAUGUCCACCAAAGAUGUUACCAGAGAAUUGAAUGUUCAUUUCUCUACCAUAAGCCACCUCCAACGUUGUUUUAGAUUAUUUGGCAGAACGUCCAACUGGUCUCACAACCGCAGACCACGUGUAACCACGCCAGCCCAGGACCUCCACAUCAGGCUUCUUCACCUACAGGAUUGUCUGAGACUAGCCACCCGGACAGAUUUCUAUCAGUAAUAAAGACCUUUUGUGGGGUACCCAGUCAUUUGAAAUCCAUAGAUUAGGGCGUAAUGAUUUUUUUUUUCAAUUGACUGAUUUCCUUAUAUGAACUGUAACUCAGUAACAGUUGGAAAAGGGUGCAUGUUGCGUUUAUAGUUUUUGUUCCGUGUAUAUAUAGGGACUUUCUUGGUAGGACUCGAACUAUGUUGGUACUUUGAAUGUGGUAAUGACUUGUUUUUUUUAAUAAUCAGGAGAUAUAGUGCCUUCAGAAAGUUAUGGCGAGCCUAAAUAAGUUCAGGAGUCACAUAAUACGUUGCAUGAACAAUGUGUGCAAUAAUAGUGAAAACACAAUGCAGGUUUUGGAAUAUUUUUUUAUUCGAUACAGGCCUCCUUCUUUCCUCUGGAAUUGUUUUAAAGUCACCAUUGGCCUCAUGGUGAAAUCCUUGAGCGGUUUCCUUCCUCUCCGGCAACUGAGUUGGGAAAGUCGCCUGUAUCUUUGUAGUGACUGGGUGUAUUGAUACACCAUCCAAAAUGGAAUUAAUAACUUCACUAUGCUCAAAGGGAUAUUCAAUGUCUGCUUCUUUUUUUUUUAAAUUACCAAUAGGUAACCUUCUUUGCGAGGCAUUAGAAAACGUCCCUAGUCUUUGUGGUUGAAUCUGUGUUUUAAAUUCACUGCUCGACUGAGGGACCGUACAAUUAUCUGUAUGUGUGUUGAGUACAGAGAUAAGGUAGUCAUUCAAAAAUCAUGAUAAACACUAUUAUUGCACAGAGUGAGUCCAUGCAGCUAAUUUUGUGACUUGUUAAGCACAUUCUUACUACUGAACCUAUUUAGGCUUUCCAUAACAAAGGGGUUCAAUAGUUAUUGACAGUUUGAGCUUUUCAUUUUUAAUGAAUCUGUAAAAACGUCUAAAAACUUAAUUCCACUUUGACAAUAUGGGAUAUUGUGUGUGUGUGUGUAGGCCAGUGACACAUAUAUCAAUUUAAUCAAUUUUAAAUGCAAUAUAUAUCAAUUUAAUCCAUUUUAAAUGCAGGCUGUAAAAAAACAAAAUGUGGAAAAAGCAAAAGUGGGGAAUACUUUCUGGCGCUGUAGGGAGUUUAUACUGUUUGUUUUAUUUAAAUGAUUUUGAUAUAGCUACUGUUAAUAUAUAUUUUUUAUUUUCUCAUUUUAAAGAAAAUUACCAAUAUUCAUAUUUAUAACAUAUUUCCCACUAUUUGCACUGAAUAAAUAAUGAAUAAAUAAUUUAAUAUUUCUCAAAUCAAUGUGUGAAGAAAUGGAUUGUUCAUUAACCUUGUUUAUAUAUUUUAUGCUGCGUUUGAAAAUAAAAAAACAAACAUGAA